AUGUCCUUUCCGUCUGUCUGUCCGCCGGCGCCCGACCUCCCACCUCGCUCCGUGGCCCUGGUCGGACUGCUGCUCCUGGUCGGCUGGGCGCCCUCCGAGGUCAGCUGCCAGAACGACACCGAGCCCAUCGUCCUGGAGGGGAAGUGUCUGGUGGUGUGCGACUCCACCCCGUCGGCGGAGCCCUCCGGUAACGCUCUGGGGAUGUCGGUGAGGUCGGGGACCGGCCGCGUGGCGUUUUCAGCCAUUCGGAACACCAAUCACGAGCCCUCAGAGAUGAGCAACCGCACCAUGACCAUCUACUUCGACCAGAUCUUAGUGAAUGUCGGCAGCCACUUUGAUCCGGCGAGGAGCAUCUUCGUGGCACCCAGAAAAGGAGUGUACAGUUUCAGUUUUCACGUUGUUAAAGUAUACAACCGGCAGACAAUACAAGUGAGUCUGGUUCUCAAUGGCUGGCCUGUGAUCUCGGCCUUCGCAGGCGACCAGGACGUGACCAGGGAGGCCGCCACCAACGCCGGGCUGGUGAUGAUGGAGCGAGGAGACAAGGCCUACCUCAAACUGGAGAGGGGAAACCUGAUGGGAGGGUGGAAGUACUCCACGUUCUCCGGCUUCCUGGUGUUCCCCUUGUAG